AUGUCAAACGCCAAGCCGGAAUCUAGAGAACAGACAACAUUAAUUUUCAAGUUUCAGCCGAAUCACGCUACGAAUGGAUCAAAAUGUCCCGGAACGGUACGCGCUGCCAUCGCAGAAGCUACGGCCACCGACAAUGAGAGCGCUCGAAAUUGGCAACGGCGUACGGCGCAAUCCUCUGGUCUCAUUCCGCUGGUUUCGCGGAUCAUAGAAAACCCGAUCCAACGGCCGGGCACCGGGGAACUGAUUGGCUAUAAUCUGAACACGGGUAUCGUGCAGCCGAAUGACCGUGGAAAGCAGGCCGCUCGUCUUAUCGUGAUCCGGAGGCGUAAAAUGCGCAAACAUAAGCUAAAAAAGCUCCGCAAGCGAAUGAAGUUCGAGUGGCUGAAGGUUCGUCAAAGACGGGAACUAAGGAAGGAGAAACUGUUCCAGGCGGAACUGAUCAACCAAAUAAAGGAGGCAGAAAAGUUUUCGGCCGAAGCGUACGUGACCGAGAAGCUGCGCCGUGACGUUUCU